UCCAUAAAAUGCCUCUAUGGUGACAAAUCCAUUCACAGUUUCAUCUUGGCUUCCUAUAUGGGUUGACUGACGGACCUUUCUGGUGUUUAAAAGUCUUGGUGGCUUCCAGACUGCUCCAUUUCUUCAUUCCAGAUUUCCAGCCACAAAGCCUCUCAAAGUUUCUUCCUGUUAAUUAUUCUUUUCAAGUUGCGAAUCUCAGUAGCCCAAACGUACUGUUGUUCCUCCGAUUUCUUCUCUUUCUUCUUUCUUUUCCUCUGGUUUUUUUUUUUCAUCUUCUUUCUUCUACUCCAGAUCAAACCUCGAACUAGCCGGCUUUCAUAGUGGGUUUGCCUGCUGUUCAACCCGGUUACCGACUGGUCAGUAUACGGAAUAUGUCGGAUCAGUAACGGUUUCAGAAAUGGAUGCCGACAAAGUUCAGUUUGGUAGAUGGUUUAGAAUAAAAAGCCUCAGUUCAGUGCCGAGGCCAGCCCUUUAUCUUACUUCUUUCCAUUCUUAGGCUUUGCACAGUGUUAUUCCCGUUCGAAGUAAGUGAUGGCCUACCCACUCCGCUUUCUCCUCCUUUCUUCAAUUUGCCCUCUAGUUUUCUUCUCUGGUUUGUUUCUCUUUAGCUUUAUCUCUUUAGGGUUGUACCUGUUGUUUUUCUUCUCCACUGUGUGUAUUUGCUGCUGCCUUUUGGCUUUGAAUCUUUGCCAUAAACAGAGACCAGCAACACUACAGGUCCACACUUCUUCAGUUACCACCAAUACAGAAAUAAUUCCUUCUUCUCCUCCUCCUCCUCCUCCACCAUCUGGUAAAUUCACGUACGAUGUGUUCCUCAGUUUCAGUGGUACAGAUACCCGCAAAAAUUUCACAGACCAUCUUUAUACUGCUCUCAAACAGAAUGGUAUAUUCACUUUUAGAGAUGAUGAAGAACUCGAGAGGGGGAAAUCGAUUGGUCCAAAUCUCUUGAAAGCAAUCGAGGAAUCAAGAUAUGUGAUUGCUGUUUUCUCACGAAACUACGCCGAUUCUGCAUGGUGUUUGGAUGAGAUUGCCAAGGUCGCCGAUUGCAUGAAAGCCAUGGGACAAAAAGUCCUCCCAGUGUUCUAUGAUGUUGAUCCAAAUGAGGUACGAAGACAAACAGGGGAUCACUUUGGGAAAGCAUUUGAGAAGCAUCAAAAGCGGUAUAAAGCGGAACCAAACAAAGUAAAGAGGUGGAAAGACGCUCUUUUUCAACUAGGCAAUCUCUCUGGAUGGCAUCUGCAAGAUGGGUACGAAUCCAAAGUUAUUCAAGAAAUUGUUGAAAAUAUUUUCACGGAGUUAAAUCAAAUAAUCUCAAUAUCUGAGGGUUUAGUUGGGAUGGAUUCUCACCUGAAUGUAAUGCUUUCGUACUUGGACAUUGGGUGUCCCAAUGUUCGUAUCAUAGGGAUUUGUGGCAUGGGUGGUAUCGGUAAGACAACAAUUGCACAAGUGGUUUUUGAAAGGUUACAAGCUCAUUUUGAAGGUUGCAGCUUUCUUGAGAAUGUUAGAGAGGUAACUGAAAAGCAAGGUGCAGUUCAUUUACAAGAGAAACUUCUUUUGAAUUUGCUGAAAUGUAGUGUAAAUGUACAGAACACUAAAAUGGGAAAAAAUAUAAUGAGGCAGAGACUGCGUACUAAAAUGGUUCUUAUCAUUCUUGACGAUGUGGACCAAGAAGAACAAUUAGAAGCAUUGUGUGAUAGGGAAUCGUUUGGUCCAGGGAGUAGAAUCAUCAUAACUUCUAGAGAUGAACAUUUGCUCAGUGCAGUUGAAGGAGAUAAAAUAUAUAAGGUGAAUCCACUAACUGAUGCUGAAGCUCUUCAGCUUUUCAGUAUGAAAGCCUUCAAGAAAGACCAGCAGGUUGGAGAAGAAAUUCUGAAGCUUUCCAAAGAAUUUUUGAAAUAUGCUAAUGGCCUUCCACUAGCUAUUAAAGUUUUGGGUUCUUCUGUUAAGGGUAGAAGUGUAGGGUUAUGGUUAAGUGCAUUGGAUGGACUUAAAGAAAAUCCUGAAAAAAAAAUUAUUAAUGUUCUCAAAGUCAGUUUUAAUGGAUUAAAACCAAGACAAAAGAAGAUUUUUUUGGACAUUGCAUGUUUCUUUAAAGGGGAGAGCAUAGAUCGUGUAAGAAGAAUAUUACAAGGUAGUGAUGCCCACUGUCCGGACUUUGAUGUACAAGUUCUCCUGGACAAAUCUCUGGUAACUAUAUUUGGAAGAGAAUUGGGGAUGCAUGACUUGGUACAAGAAUUGGGUUGGGAAAUUGUUCGUCAAGAAUGUCGUGAAGAGCCUGGAAAACGUAGCAGGUUGUGGCUUGCCAAUGAAAUCAUCCAUGUACUUGGUCGGAAUAGGGCGACGAGUGCAGUUCAAAGCAUAUUCCUCGAAGGUCCAAUAGAAGAGGAUGUUGUUCACUCAAUUGAUAAUGCCUUCUCAAAUAUGGACAGAUUGAGAUUGCUCAAGAUUAGGAAUGUAAAGUUUUCCAGAAACAUCAGAUAUCUUUCUAAUGAGUUACAGUAUCUUGAAUGGCAUGAGUGUCCUUUGGAUUCUUUCCCGUCAGACUUUCAGCCGGAGAAACUUGUUGAAGUUCACAUGCAUUUUAGCCGCAUCAAACAACUAUGGAAGGGGAAAAAAGGAUGGAGCAUGCUACGGCUUAUAAAUCUGAGUGGUUCACCAUACUUGAGGUCGACUCCAGACUUCACGGAGGUUCCUGAUCUUGAAAACUUAGUGCUUCAAGAUUGCACAAGUUUGGUGGAGAUUCACCCGUCUCUUGGAUUUCUGAAGAAACUUGUCUCUUUGAAUAUGAGAAAUUGCAAGUCUAUUAAGAGCAUUCCACCUUUCAUUACCUUGGAAUCCCUUCAAAUAUUGAGGCUUUCACUCUGUUCAGGACUGAAGAAGUGUCCAGAAAUUGAAGGAAAUAUGAAAAUCUUGGUGAAGCUUCAUUUGGAUGGGACCAGCAUUAAGGAUUUGCCUCCAUCAAUUGAAAGAUUCACUGGUCUAACCAUGUUGGAUCUGACAGGUUGCUCCGAAAUUGAUGAGAUACCUGAGAAUCUGAAUGGUAUGAAAUGUCUGGAGAUGCUUUCCAUUGGUGGAACUUCCAUGAGGGAGUUAUCCUUUAUUGGAGGCAUGAAGAAUCUACAGUAUCUAUCCUGCCGAGGAUGUAAACGUCUAGUUUCAAAAUCAUGCAAAGUUCUGGCUUCGUUAUCCAAUUUGAUACAGCUAGACUUGAGUUAUUGCAGUCUGAUGGAUGGAGCAAUUGUCAAUGAUUUUAGCAGCCUAAUCUCUUUAAGAUUGUUAGAUUUAAGUGGUAAUUGCUUUGUGCGGUUACCUGAAAGUAUCUCUCAACUCUCAAAGCUCGAGACUCUGACCUUGAGUCAUUGCAGACAGCUUCAAUUGCUUCCCAAGAAGCUUCCGUUAAGUCUUGAAGACUUGUUUGCACAAGAUUGUACUUCACUGACGGAUUAUCCAAAUCAAAUCAAAGUAUUACAUUCAUCGGAGUCGAGAGUGACUGUGGUCAAUUCCUUCGAUUCUUCAACAUUUGAAGUCUCAGAAAGUUCCACAAUAUUCGGUUUUUUAAGAAAUCAGGGAGAAUCUAUGAACCUGUGUCUGAAAUUUAAUCAUAUAAAGGGGAAACAAAUUGAUCAUUCGCCAGUGAGAAAUCUAGCGCUUCUAAAAGACAUUGAAAUGUCUUCCCAGUCAAAAUUUCUUGGCAUACAUCUUAAAGAUGAAAUUCCAGAGUGGUUCAGCACUAUAUCUACCAGAAAUCACAUAUCAAUCUCGAUACCUCAAAAUCUGGCUGAUGAUAACCAGUGGAAGGGAUUUGCCACGUGUGCUAUAUUCUCAGUCAAGGGGCAUACUGCUCUCUCCUUUAUUGAAUCGGAUCCUGAUUUUUCUAAUUACUCGUAUCAAAUGACAUUGGAAACUGAUGUUGUGCGUCUGAAACCAUAUGUGUUGGAACUGGAAUUAGGCCCCUUUGGAUCAAGUUCUCAUCUGCGUAUGAUUUUCUUUAUAUCUCGUUCGAAGGUUCCACAGUGGGGUUUAAAUAAAUCAACUGUGAUUAAUAUUCAAUGA